CUAAGACAUUUUAUACUGUGAGCAGAAUUCACCAAAAUAAAAAGAGAACUAAUGAUAAAAAGCAAAACUCCUACUAGAAAGAAGACUAAAAUGUUUUUUAAAGACACAUUUGGCUAUAUCUGAAUUUAUAUCUUUUGAAAACCAAAACAAUGCAACUAGCAGAUGAAGGUAUAAAUGCAUGGCAACUAAUAGAAAACUACUAUGUGAAAUACUCAACAAGGUAAAGCCCAAAAGCUCAGAGCCGCCACACACAAGCCACCUUCCCUCCUGAAUUGAAUUAGUUCACUGAGGAAGCACCUUUAAACAAUGGAAAUUCCAUAAAAUGACAGAAAUUUUAAAAAUAAAUUUUAUCACUUUUUUAGUCUUUCAAGUCACACUACUGAACAUAAACUAAAUUUAUACAAAUCCAAGAAAUAGAAGAAAUCUGAGGACCAAGCUAUGCAGAAAUAGCCCAUAAGCCAGACAGGCAGAGGGACCCAGCAGAGACCAGCAAAGCCUGAACGUCAGCACAUUCCACCAGAAACACCCAGAUGGAACCAGACGAAAAGGCACUUCAACAAUACCCGUGAACAACUGUUGAAACUCCAAGCUCACAAACACGGAGAGAGAUAACUGAAAUAUGGCUCACAGUGACUUCCUCUACCCAGACAACCCAAGGAGGCGGCAGGAAGUAAAUCGUCUUCACCAGCAGCUCCUUGACUGCCUAUCAGACAGCUUCCAGGCCACCAAUAAGCUCACAGGUGUCCUAAACACGCACCUGGGGUGCAUGCUGGCCUCCAUUGAAAUGAAAAGAGAUGGUACCAUAAAGGAAAACUGUGACAUCAUCAUUGAUGCUGUCACAAAAAUUCAGAAGGAACUGCACAAGGUUGACGAAGCACUAAAAGAUAAACUAGAGCCGACCCUUUACAGAAAACUUCAGGAUAUUAAGGAACGGGAAACAGAGAAAAUUGCAAUAGUACAAAAGGUCAUGUCAGUCAUCCUGGGCGAAGCCACAUCUGCAGCCAGUGCGGUGGCUGUUAAACUCGUGGGCUCGAACAUCACCACUGGCAUAAUUAACAAGCUGGUCACCGUGUUAGCUCAAAUUGGUGCCUCUCUCCUUGGUAGUAUUGGGGUCGCUGUUCUGGGCCUUGGCAUAGAUAUGAUCUUCCGCGCCAUCCUGGGAGCAGUGGAGAAAACACAGCUUGAAGCAGCCAUCAAAAGCUAUGAGAAGCAUCUGGUGGAGUUCAAGUCGGCAUCAGAAAAAUAUAACAAUGCCAUUACUGAGGUCACCAACACGGUGAAAUACCAAAUGAAAUGAAUAGUCGUUUUACUUCCCAACAGAAUGUUCUUCUGGUUCCUUCUAAGUAACAGCGCUUACUUUUUUGAUUAGGAUGCUUUUCCACAUGCUACCAAUAUGGCCAUAAAUAGGGUAAACAUUUUAGAAAAGAGAUGCUAAAACUAGAGUUGUGUAUCAACAAUGAAUGCCUGGAUCAGCUGAUGCUAAACUCUUCCAAGUACAAGAUGAUAUCCCAGAAUGUUUUUCAUCCUCUUCUAUAGCUCUUCAUUACAGUAAAUGCUAUCGUACAUACAGCAGCAGGUGUAGGGAUUACUUCUUCCUUUUCUAAAUUCCUAUUAAAAUUCUUAAAACUUGCAUUAAACAUAGAGAUUUUCAUUUGUACCACUAACUUCUAAUAUCACUUGGUUCUAAAGAGACAUUCUUGCCCA